GCCAUGGACCAGCUCCGGAGAUCUUUCUUCUUUCUCCUUCUGAUUCUAGCACCUUUAAGCAUUGUGGGACAUCCUCUUCCAAUACAGGUACCUUCCCAUGAGCUCAUAAUUUCCAGCUUCUUUGUGCGCUCAACGAUUGUGUCCCGCUAUGCCGCCACACGAGUCUGGAUCUCCAUGAGCAACUCACAUCCUGAGGCCAAAGAAGCUAUCUUUGAUUUGGAUCUGCCCCGUUCUGCCUUCAUCUCCAACUUUACCAUAACCAUGAAUGAGAAGAUCUAUGUGGCUGAAGUGAAGGAAAAGCACAAAGCUAAGAAGAUGUAUGAGGAAGCCCACAGGCAAGGAAGGACAGCAGCUCAUAUCGGCACCAAGGAUCGAGAAAUGGAAAAAUUCAGAGUGUCCACCAGUGUGGAAGCAGGAAGAAAGGUGGCCUUUGAGCUGACCUAUGAGGAAUUGCUCCAGCGACAUUUGGGGAAGUAUCAGCAUGCUAUCAGCAUCCGUCCCCAGCAGUUGGUGAGAAACCUCACAGUGGAGGUGAGCAUCUCUGAGAGAACUGGCAUUGACCAUGUCCAGGUCUUGCCCCUUCGCACAAGUCGACUGAUGACGAAUACUCUUCAAGGUGAAGCCGAUAUGCCACCAUCAACUCGAGUGGAGAAAGGACGGCACUGCGCUUGGAUUGUCUUCACCCCAACCCUCCAAGAACAGGAAUCCUUCUCCAGCUCAGGAAUCGUGGGUGAUUUUGUGGUGCAGUAUGAUGUGGCCAUGCCAGAUGCUUCAGGAGAUGUACAGAUCUACAAUGGCUACUUUGCUCACUACUUUGCCCCGAGGGGGAUGCCCCUUUUGCAGAAGGAUGUGGUCUUUGUUAUUGACAUCAGUGGUUCCAUGUACGGCACCAAGCUGAAACAGAUCAAGAAAGCUAUGCACGUCAUACUAAGUGAUCUUCACCAAGAUGACCAUUUCAACAUUGUUACUUUUUCUGACACCGUGAAUGUGUGGAAGCCAAGUCAAUCCAUCCAAGCCACCUCUCAAAAUAUCCGGAAGGCCAAAGAUUAUGCCAGCAAAAUGGAAGCAGAUGGAUGGACUGACAUCAACGCAGCCUUGCUUGCAGCUGCCUCCCUCUUCAACCAAAGUUCUUCAAUGGAUGGAAAGGUGGAGAAGGAGCCAAGGAUCCCACUGAUCAUCUUCUUGACCGACGGUGAAGCCACUUCGGGAGUAACAGCCGGCAGUCGCAUUCUGACCAACGCUCAGCGGGCUCUUAAGGGCACCAUCUCACUCUUUGGCCUUGCCUUUGGAGAUGAUGCUGAUUAUGGGCUGCUGAGACGACUCUCGCUAGAGAAUCGUGGGGUGGCCCGGCGCAUCUAUGAGGAUGCUGAUGCUACUCUGCAGCUCAAGGGCUUCUAUGAUGAAAUUGCCAGCCCUCUGCUGUAUGAUGUGGAGCUGUCCUACCUUGAUGGGGUUGCAGAAGGCCUCACCCAGAACCUCUUCCCCAACUAUUUCCAGGGUUCUGAGCUUGUUGUGGUUGGCCGUGUGAAGCCAGGAGCAUCAAAACUGCAGGUGCGCACCACGGGGCAAGGCCAGGAAGGCCCUUUGAACCUGGACAAUGACAUUUCAACCAAUACCACUAAAGCCGUUCCAUUUGGAUGCCUUGCUGAGAUCAACAAGAUCGGUCACUUUGUACAAAGGCUCUGGGCCUACUUCACCAUCCAAGAUCUGCUACAAGCCCGGUUCCGAGCCAAUGACACAGCUGCCCGGCGUCUCCUGACAGAGAAAGCUACCAAUUUGUCAAUCAAAUACAACUUUGUCACCCCUGUCACCUCCUUGGUAGUGGUGAGGCCAGAAGAAGCCAGAAAUAGAAACCAGCCUGUGAAAACCACAAUUCCUCCUGGGGUGACUAGAGCCCUAAAAGCCUCUCCUCGAGCAUUGGCGGUAUCUGUUUUGCCAAGACUUUCUAAGGCAGCUAAACCUGUUCCUGGAGUUACUGAUGCCCCUGCAAUAACAAAAGCUUUCAAGGAAAUGAUGGGGACAGGAGCUGUUCCAGUGACAGCACCUAGGCUCUUGAAAGCAGCCAGAGCCACAUCUUCCCCAGUUACCACUAUGUCCACCUUCACCACUCCAUCUGUCUAUCCCACGAUAGCACCUACUGCCACCGGCCACCCCAAAUCAGCCAAAGUCACAACGAUUCUGGGGAGAACGGCCACCUCUUGGACUCCCGCUGUAAGCCAUAGAUCUACUAAACCCCCAAGAGCUACCGCCACUCUUAAGUCAACCAGGUCACCUGUAACCCUCCCCAAGUUCACUCCCACCAGAGCAGCAAGACUCAAACCCACUGUUCAGCCACACCCUGCACUGGAGACCAGAGGAACAGCCGUGACUAAGGUUAUGGCCAGGGUCCCCCACACUGUGGCCAGGGCACUAACUUUGUAUCCUUCUACUAGCCCAAAGAUUCUAGAGAGCAACUCCAGUCAUUGGGAACAGCCCAAGGGGACCCCAUGGCCAGUCACUGAGCACCAUUCAUAUACCAAAUGGCAAGCGAGUACUUCCAGGAUGGAGACAGGGAAAUUCCCCAGGAGCAGGACAGAUACAAAGGACGGGGUAACCUCAAAGUUGCACAUUGAUAGGCCCCAGGAGAAGAGCACAGUCUCUUGGGCCACAUCUCUCACCACUCAGGCAGCAGAAUUAGAGGGAGUCGGUCCGGUUCCUGACACCUCCACCUCUGCUUCUGACAUCAGCCUCCUCCUGCUGCCUGGGGAGUCUGAAUUACCCUCAACCACCAUCCAGAACACAGAAUAUGUGGAGUCCUUGAAUCCCCCAGCUGUAUAUAGCAUUUUGAUACCCAACAGACUUGGAGAAAACUUGGAUUAUGGAGACUAUCCAGAUUUUUUUGAAGAAUCGGACAGUGAAUCAGACUCCCUGGGAGCGUCACCCAAGUCUGGCCUCUUCACUUUCUCCUCUUGGGUGGAUGGAGACCCUCACUUUGUAAUAAAGUUGCCACGUUCACUGGGGAAUCUGUGCUUCACCUUGGAUGGACGCUUAGGAGAUAUCCUGCGGCUGGUGAGCGACCCUGCCACGGGUUUGUCUGUUAAUGGACACCUAAUGGGAGCCCCUUCAAGGCCAGGCCACGAAGAACGUCCCCGUACCUAUUUGGAUGUCAUCACCAUAGUAGUGGAGCGCCCACAUGCCAGCUAUGUGGUUAAUAUAACCCAGAAAGGCGUGACACUAUAUGGCGAGGAAGUGCUGGUCUUGCCCUUAAUUCAGCAGGCCACAAUCAGUAAGCCCCCUCUGGCAAUCUCCAUAUGGCCUGAGGCCAACAUCACUGUCCAGAUUGGGUCUACGAUUGAAUUUCUUGUUCUGCUGCAUCACUAUAGUCAUCCCACGGUCCUGCAGUUGGAUCAUCUUGGCUUCUAUAUUAUGAAGGGCCAAGGCCUGUCAGCAUCAUCAGGCGGCUUGCUAGGCCAGUUCCAGAAUAGCGACAUCAGCCUUUCCCCAGAUCCAUCUCAUGGGGGCAAAGUUGCCUGGAUGCAAAGCGGUGCAAACAAAGUACUUCUCACUGAAGUCUCCAAGGUGCUAAAGGAUUCAGUCCAGAGGGCUCAUGAAGCCAAGUGCUGGCUGGUGAAGCGCAAGGAUGUGGAAGAGUUACUGGGAGCUUCCUACAGCUCCUACCUUGCCUCCAACCUAUUGGAAAUAUGAGCUGCCCCCCCUCCUUCCAUUCUUUGUCUAGAAAAGCUGGACCAGCAGGCUACCAGAAUACAGGACCAUUUUUCCUGUUCCUCCUUCACCAUUUUGGUCACCCAUGAUGGGAAGAAAGGGAGAAAUCCAAGAUCUUCUUCUGGACCUUUGCAGUAGGUCCUUGGAAAUGGAAGAGAUAUCGCACUAUAAUCAAAGAGAGACCAAUUUCUCACUAUGUUGUAGGCCCAAUCUAUCCCCAUGCUGUACUGUGCUGAUAUAACGCAGAAAAGGACAUUGUGCUUAACUGCAAAUAUGUCUUCUGGGCAGCAGAUGGAGGGAUCUUGAAUGCGCUUGUUCCUUCUUUUCUCUCUGAAAGGUCAAGAGACCU